AUGGACGCAGUAGAGGACACAAAUAAGAGAGAAUUGGAGAGAGUCGACUCAAACAAUGCCUCUGUCGAAAACGGCGGAUCAUCGUCGCAGACGAAACGCCCCAAAACUAUUUCAGAAGAUAAACAAGAACCAAAUCAUGGCAAUGAAUUGCCAGUCCAUGAGGUGGUAGGAGGAUCUUCGGUCAGACAAUACUUGAAUAGACACUUAACACAGCAUUUGCUAGAGGGAUUGCGUGAUGUGAGUAAGAAUAAGCCUGAAGAUCCAUUGAAAUAUCUUGGGGAAUUUUUGAUCCAGAGAUCGAACCAAAUUGUCAAUGGCGAAACUGAUACUCCUGCCAGUAGCAUCACUCCUCAUGGUAACUAUAAUGCAAAGUCUAAUACUGAAGAUGACCCACCAGUGAAGUCAGAGCAAGAUAAUUGA